UUGUAGUUUACACCAUGCAAAAGAUGAUCAUAGGUGUAGGCGGUCUCCAAGAUCCGGUUCUUUGAAAAAUCUAUCGUUUCUUGUACAAAAAGCAUCUUUUGUCCAGGUGUUGGAUGAUGGCGAUGCCCACUGGUUGGCUAUAAAUACUUUUGGAUGUUCUGUUGGUAAGGUUUUUCAUUUAGACAGUUUUUUUUGUGGAAAAGUAAAAAACCAUGUUGUUAGGCAAAUUUCUGCUAUUAUGCAUUGCACUGAAGAUACAUUAACUGUCCGCGUUGUACCGGUGCAACAACAAACAAAUUAUGUUGAUUGGGGUUUGUAUGCAUUAGCCUUUAUAAAACAUAUUACCGAUACUGGAUCAAAUCCAAGUUAUGUUGCUUUUGAUGCUUUUCAAAUGAGAAAUCAUUUGCUAAAAUGUGUGAAAGGCAAUCAGUUUACUGAGUUUCCAAAGUUCGAAACAGCUUUGCGAUUCUGCAAAGAAAAAGAAUUCUAUUUUUCCUUUUACUGCAUUUGUAGACAAAUCUGGUUAGCUUCGGAUAGUUGUAUUAAAGAUAGACAUAUGGUGCAAUGUGAAAUAUGUGAAAAUUGGUAUCAUCGCGCUUGUGAACGUAUCCCUUAUUAUGUUUUCAAACACAAAUGUGCAGAAUGGUCAUGUUCAAAAUGCAGCUCUAUGUUAUAAAACGUUUUUAUUAUUUUAGUUAUUGUUUAGUUUCGUAAAAAUCCAAAUACUACAAACAAAUCAUUAUACUGACUCCAUAUUUGUAGAUGUAUUUUAUUUAUUAUUCCUUUUUUUUUUGUUCGUGUUGAAACGAAAGUUGAAUAUAAUUCAACAACAACAGCUUAAUACUUUAUUAAUUUUUUCUUCGAGAAGAAAGCUUAAAUAAGCUUUGUUAAAAUAUAACCGAAUGCAUAACACUUUGACCUUUGCUUUUCAGAAAU